UAUUGAAUUUUUCCUCUAUGUCUCUGGUUUCAAUUUCAGCUCAAUUUUGUCUUUUUUUCGGUUGAAUUUUCUCUUGGGUGGUAUCGAAUUUUGCUCAUGAAUGCUGUUUCUUGAUGAAUCAGAGCCCUCUUAGUUUACUUCACGUCGUUCAAUUCAAAACUUGGUGUGGUCUUUUGCAACACAAAUCAGGAAUAGUUCGUUACUUAGAAACAAUAAUGUCAUACGAGAAGACAAAUCUGGAACAGAGAAUUAGUAAAUUGAGCUGGAAAGUUUCAGUAGUCAAAAUUCUCGUAAAACUUAUUUUGGUAUAAUUGUGUCAUGAGUCAUGACAUUCUUUCUUAGGUUUCGUACAAGUUUCUAAUUUGAGUACUCUGGUGGUGGGAGAGAUGAAUCACGGCCAACAAUCUGGUGAGGCAAAGCAUGAAGAUGAUGCUGCUCUUACAGAGUUCCUUGCUUCUCUGAUGGAUUAUACUCCUACUAUUCCUGAUGAUUUAGUGGAGCACUACUUGGCUAAGAGUGGAUUUCAGUGCCCCGACGUACGAUUGAUAAGGCUAGUUGCUGUGGCUACACAAAAGUUUGUUGCAGAUGUUGCCAGUGACGCCCUUCAGCAUUGCAAGGCUAGACCAGCACCAGUUGUGAAAGACAAAAAACAGCAAAAGGAUAAGCGUUUGGUAUUGACAAUGGAAGAUCUUUCAAAAGCUUUGCGUGAGUAUGGUGUGAACGUGAAGCAUCCAGAAUAUUUUGCUGAUAGCCCUUCGACUGGAAUGGACCCUGCAACAAGGGACGAAUAGAAACCAGGAAUUCCUCAAAAUCUUUGCCUAGUAAGGACGGUCAUGUGUCUCAGAUCCCUGAUUCUCUGUUGUGUUUCAGUUAAAAACAAAACUCACUUGUCUUGCUAGUCCUCAAUUACUACAUUACAUGUAUAUUCGUUUGUUGUUUGUUCUCUGGUGAUUUUUGGGGUUCUACAUCACUUAUCCACCAUUCUUGCAAGUCUCCAAGUCGUGAAAAUAAGAUAAGUAUCCAUCCUUGUGAUUAACUGGAUACUGUAGGAUUGAAAAACCACAAAGUAUAUUUUCCAUCUAGCAAUGAUGAACCUAAGUGCUUCUGAUCUAACUUGAAACAUUGCCACACUCUGUUGUAUACCUUUAGACAAUCCCCCUUUGUAACCGCGGCAUCUCAAUAAUAAAGUUACUUUUUGGAAUUUAGCAAUUGAAAAAA